CUUUCUUAUUUCACCACAACUAAACCUUUCUGUUCCCAACCUCUUUCAUUCUCAUAAAUUCAACCCUUUCUGUAACUUGUAUCUUAUCUCCCACACAAACACUCCCUCUCUCCCCAUCGUCAAGAUUCAGAUAUUUGAUUUAGCCACCAACUAUCUGAAUUAAUAAAGGGAGGGGAGUUAGAUAUUGAAUGGGAGAAAGAGAUAAUUGUAAGUCAUUGAUGGAAGACCUUCUUGGCCUUUUAAGAAUUCGCAUCAAGCGCGGUGUCAACCUCGCCAUUCGUGAUGUUAAUACCAGCGAUCCAUACAUCGUUGUUAAGAUGGGCAAGCAGAAACUCAAGACUCGUGUGGUUAAAAAGGAUAUCAAUCCUGAAUGGAAUGAAGAUCUUACACUUUCGAUCACCGAUCCCGUUCUUCCAUUCAAACUAACUGUGUAUGAUUAUGACACAUUUAGCAAAGAUGACAAUAUGGGAGAUGCUGAAUUAGACGUUUCACCAUUUAUAGAGGCAUUGAAGAUGAACAUAAACGAUCUUCCAAGUGGUACUAUAAUCACCAGAAUACAACCAUGUAGGACAAAUUGUUUGGCAGAAGAGAGUUGCAUCAGUUAUACAGAUGGACAAAUUGUCCAAGAUGUUGUUCUUAGAUUGCGACAUGUUGAAUGUGGUGAAGUUGAAAUUCAAUUGCAAUGGAUCGCUCUUCCUGGUUCCAAGGGUUUAUAAUUUUAAAUUCAAUACAAAAAAUCACCAUUCUUUGUUUCAUUAGUUGUUACUGGAAAUUGCAUUGCAUUGCACAACAAACUAUUUUUUUAUUUUUUGUUCUAGGGCAUUGUUAGUAGGGUUGAAUUUCUAUUUUUUUUUUUUUUCCUUAUUCGUCAUUGUUCUUUCUCGGCAUGUACUCUUUGAUACUUGCCGAUAAGUAUCAACGUACUAUAUUAUUUAUAGACGAUUAAACGAAAUUUUAUAUUGUAACUGUUUCAUGCAUUUAAAAAAAAAAAUUGAACCUUAUUUGAA